CGAUUGUUAGCACUCCGGACGUUUUAGUAAGUCGCACAAAAUGCGGAAGUGUACCCUUCCGAGUUUGGACUUCACCAACAUGGACGAUUAGCCACUGAAAACUACAAGAAAUGAGUCAUGUUUAGUUUAAAAUCGCUGCAAAAGAACAAGACAGUUAAAUAUGGAGUGCCCAUGCUCCUGCUGGUGGUCGGCGGUUCCUUCGGCCUCCGAGAAUUCACGCAGAUCCGCUACGACGCCCAGAAAAUUAGGAGAAAGUUGGAUCCGUCACUGGAGGCCAGAGUGACCCAGCAGAGGCAGUCGGAGAUUUUGGAGCAAGAGUACGAGAAGAUGAAGAACGCCAACUUGGACGAGUGGAGGAACAUUCGCGGCCCGCGGCCCUGGGAGGACUCCCGGGAGUACCAGGACCAAGAGCGCAGUAAGAGGACUGCAGAGAGCUAGGAUACGCUCCUGAUAUCUAGUACGCAGCGGUGCCUUGACAUAAGAGUUUAACUACAUAGUAGUAACUACAACUACUUUUUUUUUUACCGUAAUAUUCAUCAGACUUGGUGAGGGAUUAUUAAGAAUGUAUGCCAGACUGUAUUAUUAUAUGAUCUGUCUACAUGACUAGCAAUGUUUUUUUUGUUGUUGUUGUUGUUUCAAGUUUUAAAAUCUGAAAAAUAACCCUCGACAGCACUGGUGUCAAACUCAACGCCCGGGGGCCAGAUCUGGGCCGCCACAUGAUUUGAUGUGGCCCGCGAAGCCAAAUCAAGUGUCAAUUUCCAUGAUUCUUGUAAAAAUCUGUACCAAAUUUUCAAAUUGUCACAUAUUAUAAGUGAUAAAGUUGAGAUAUUAUCAGCAUUUUUGUGUUACCAAACCUGAAUAGUUGGAAAUUUUUAUUUUAUUAUUAUGAUAGUAUUAUCCUUGAUUUCUGAUUCCAAAACGAGUUCAUAAAUUGUAUAAUUUGUGUAAUACGAUGCGAUGAUGAAAUAUUUUUGUUCCAGAGUCAUAACGACCCUCUGAUGGAAACCGGAACAACAAUAUGCCCUCCGAUAAAAAUGAGUUUGACACCCCUGCUCCACGGUACUACUGCACUGAAAUAAAAUUUCAUAAUGCGUGUACUCGCGGCAAGUUAUCUCAAGGCAAAAAUAAUUUUUGGAGCGGCUAACUGGUUAAAACUUGGAAAAAAAAACCUCCCACACACACAAGGCAGGCCAUUCUUAAAUCAAGGUACCGCUGGAUGUAAAAAUGUAUAUUAAAAUAGAAAUGCAUUUUUAUUAUUUAUUGAGCGUACCAGCCAGCAGGUGGCGGCAUUGCGCUACUCACGGUCCUCCAUUACUGUACAGUUACUUGGAGUCCAAAUUUAAUAAAUGUGUUCUUUAAACCUUUUGGGCUCGAGCCUGGCAAAUUUGUGUUCACCUUGAAAGUCGUGAAAACUACAUUUAUUAAAAAAAAAAGAAAAGAGAGCGAGAAAUGCAGGCCUUGACUCUUCAUUUUUAAAUUUUAAAUGAUAUUUAUUCAAAUAUUCAUCAGGCGCAACGACGACAGAGGCUGACUAAUUGAAUAUUUACUGCAGAUGCGUCUGACAAGCAAGCCGCUGUGUUGCUUUUCGCGGCUGCCAAGGUCGUGUUUUCUUCCUCGUGUUGCAACACGGCAAAACAUAUUUUCAUAACUGAUGCCGUGCCAAAUAAGGUCUUGUCAGGAAUUAGUAGACUUCUUUAAAAAAUAAUAAUAAUAAUAAUUGUCCCUAAAGGUGGUGGAAAGACAGUUUUGUGGUCUUUUGCGAGGAUAUUUGCACAAGCAUCAGAAAACAAAGGAAAAUAGUUUCUAAUAGGAAGAAAAGUAUUUUUUAAUGUGAAGGAAAUGAAUCAUAACGUACAUCUGAACAUGGUUUUGUUUUUAUGGGUAAGAAUAAAGUUAAAGGUUGGUGCUGACUUGGGUGGAAAACAUGAAAUUUAGUAGUUUAUUGGAUGUAAUUUGCAAAAUUUGGGGUGCAUCUUUUAUUUUUGAUAAAAGAAAAAUAUUUUAAAUCCGCAUUUUGACAUUUUUGUGCAUAUAAAGAGAUGUUUUCAGUUUUUUGUGUGAAGUGAAAUUAGCGAAAUUUGAACAUGUCACAAAAAAAAACUCAAAAUUAAAAACUUGUGAGAGUUCAAAGUGCUUUUUUUAUUUACAUAUAUGGGAAAAAAUGCAAAUUUUCCAUGUGUCAUGACAAAAAAAAUCACGUGCUUAUAAAGACAUUUUUACUCAUUUAAAAAAAUAUUCUGGACAUCAAAAACUAAAGAAAAGUCAUUUGUUGUGUUUGGGGUGGGGAAAAAAAAGUGCAAAAGUGAAAAUUUUGUUUAUGA